AUGGCUGGUCCCGGAGGCGGUCCUCCCCGUCGCAGCCACACCAAGUCGCGCAAGGGCUGCGAAACCUGCAAGCGUCGGCAUAUUCGUUGUGAUGAAAACUUCCCUCAAUGCCGAAACUGCACCAAGCACAAGAUUCGCUGCCCCUACAAUGACAUGCCCGCCAUGGAAGACCGGUCAACGACCCCUGACAAGCCGGAUCUCAUGUGGACGCCCAGCAUCGUUGCCGACAUCGAGCAGUGGCAGCGCACCGGAAUCUUUCCCUUCCCCAACCUCUCCAUCUCCUCAACCCCCAACCCGGCCGAGUACAGCCUGGAAGAUCUUCGCCUGAUCUACCACGUUGCCUCGAUCAGCAACGAGAUGGAAGGUUUGGGUGCCACCAACUUCACGCUCUGGACACGCCAGAUUCCUGCCAUCAUCAAGCUCGGCUCGACGCACCGUUAUGUGAUGCACUCCCUGCUGGCUUUCUCCGCCAUGCACAUUGCUUUCCUCACCGACUGUCCCAUCGUUGGUAACCUAGCGUACGAGCACCGCGGUAUUGCUCUCAAGGGCCUGCAGGAGGGCAUCGGCUCAUUUGGCCCGGAAACCUCUGAUGCUGUCUUGGCUGCUUCGCUGGUUCUCUCCUGGCAAGCCACUGACUGGCGGAGCUGGACCCAGCUCAUGCAAGGAACCUCAUCGGUUGUCGAUGCCAUGGCUUCCUGGAGCCACGACUCUCAGUUUUACGACUGGAUCAGGGAAACCGGCACGUUCCCAACGGCCCCUCCUUCGCCCACCCCGGAUCACAGGCCCAGCCAGCCGCGCAAGGAAGACCUGGAUGCCCUGAACCGGACUCUCGCUCAGUUGCAGAAGGUCGAGGCCCACCAGAAACACAACAAGGAGGACACAAAGCACAUCCAGCAGCUCAUCAGCUUUCUCAAGGGAUCCCGCAAAGUCAGCCCGACCUUGUCCGUCGCCCAGCAGUUUGAACGCCUCCGUCCCCUGCGUACCUGGCUUUUCUACCUGCCCGUCAUGGCCCUCCAGCAGAGUGGUUGCUCCGUCAAUUCCCUGGUGACCAUCGCCCAUUACUACACGGUUGCCGUUCUGAUGGAGCGCCUGUUCCCUGAGAUCGGUGCUGCAUACUUUGGCAACCUUUCCAUUGCGCCCGUCGAGGAGAUCGCCCGCUGCCUGUUGUCCAUCAACAUUUCUGGUUCCAUCGAGGGUGAUCUUUCUACGCCGAUGAAGCUGAUGCAGUUCCCUUUGGACAUGGUCAAUGAGUUCCGCAACCGCAUCGGUAUCCUGGAGCCUGCCCGCACGCCCUCGUUCCCGCAGUACAACCCGCCCAACUUCUACACGAACGAGCCGGCCAACCUGCCCCAGGCUACGGAGUCCUUCAUGCCCUACGGCAACCCGGCCUUUAGCUACAGCCAUGAGUCGCUGACUGGUACCAUGCUCAACACGGAGGGCAUUCCCCAGAACGCCGUCAGUCCCUUGACUCUGUCCUCGCCCUUUGUCAACCAUCAGUACCUCAGCAUCCCAUCGCCCAACUAUGGCGGUUACAGCCCGGCCUCGUCCACCUUUGAGGGGUCCAUCGCCUACAGCGACACUGAAGAGUACGGCUCGUACGACAUGGGCGGCAUGUCUUCCGGCCACCACAUGUUCGGCUCCGGCAGCAACUUGAGCGGCUAUCCUCCGCCUGAGGACCCUUACCUGCUCUCGUCGACGGCGCACUCGACAGUUCCCUCCCCCUUCCUGCAGCCCGAGCAACUGGGCAUGCUGCCUCUUCCAGAGUCGCCGAUCCCCCUGCUCGCCUCGAUGCCUCGCCACCGCCGGCCGACCCCGCCCUCCUCUUCCGUGCAGGGAGAGUCUCCCAGUGCCAUCAGCGCGCCCUUCCCCCCACGUCAGCUUGGUCCUGGCCCGUCCCCUCCGCCGGCAUACCUGCACAGGAGUGAGAAGGGCAAGGAGCGCGAGCUGUAG